AUCGAGGAUAGCACUUAUGCUUUUCUAUGGAACAUUUUGAGAUGACUUCGUGGCAACCAGAAUUCAAAGUGAAAUUUUCACAGCAACCUCCAGCAUGUCAUAGAAAAAGUACCUUCUUCAGUUUCAAAUUGGAGAUCAAAUGCAAAGGUCUCAACUAUAUGUCUGCCGAAGCUAAAUUUCUUGGAUUUGUAAAAGAUUUUGGGGAACUAGAAAAUCAAAACGGGCUUCAAUAUUCAUUCGUAUAUGCUUGGGAUGGUGGAUAUUCUUAUGUUGUAAAGAAAUACCUGUAUGUUUGGCUCGUGGAUGCAGAAACUAAUGAAUUGAUAAAAUAUGAAGGAAAAAAGAAUUUUGAUGCACUGAAUAGAGUAUUACUGAUUCAUUCUCAUUAUUGUGAACGUUGUGUUAGUAAUGCUCAGUCUUGUGGAAAUAACACAGAAAAGCCAAAAGAUCCUACACCGAAUCCUAAAAAAACCGAAUGGAAAUUUAGCAUGCGGUUCAAUCAAAAUUGCCAAACAACUUCUGGGAAUCCAACAGACAAAAAGAAAAGGCAAUUUAGGCUGCUUGUUACAAUGUCCGAUUCAGACAAAGAUAAAGGCGUUGAAAUGGCUCGUUCAAACAGAAUAAUUGUGCACAACAAUUCCAAGAAAGCAAAAGAUAUGUUAGCCCUUGAUAAUUUGUUACCACAGUACGGUUAUCCUGGAAGUAGUUUAGUUAUCUGCGGAAAGUAUUUUGACAAGGACACUACAUUGUUUAUUGGAGGAAAACCUGUACCCACAACAAGACCAGCGAACAACACUACAAUUUUACAAGCCAUGCUACCCGACUUCGGAGAAACUUGCCCGAUGUCCGUCGUUCUCAAAAAGAAAGACAGAUUUGUUGAAUUCCCAACACCUUUGCUAUAUUAUAACAGCUCAAACCAUUCUUGUUAUCCUGCACUUGAUUGCGAAUUCUGUAAAAGUAUUAAACUAAUGGCGCCUAUGUUUUUGGAUGGCAACAGCCCAAAACUUCGCAUGUGGCAAUCAGAUUCGAAAAUUCUCCAUCAACGACAGCAAUUGAUGGAUUGGCAUGCCAAUCAGCCAUCAGUGAAUCUAUCAGGUGGUUCCUCCAUCUGGGCGGAUUCUGUCACUAAUGAUGGUUACUCAUGGCCACAAGGAUCAAAUUCUAGAAAUCCAACUGGGAGUAGUCCGCAGCUGAAUUUCUCUGGAUUUCCUGAAUCGAGUGGCAUUUCAGAAAUAUCACCUCUUUCAACCAAUCAAAACAAUUACAUAGAGAUGGCAAACGCCCCAAGUCAAGUAAAUGGCCAGAGAAUGCAAAAUUCGUCCAUUCUGCAGUAUUACCAACCUCCAUAUCAAUAUCCCGGACCGUUGCUCCCUUACAGUCCACCAGAAAGUGUACCUGGUAGUCCCAACUCCUCGUGAGCUGAUGGGAAAAUAUGGAAAAACUACAAACAAAGAGAGAAGCUAAUCAUAUGUUAUAUUUUUUUUUGGAAAUACUGCAAAGUGAACAUUAUGUGCUCAUGAAUUUCAUCGGGCUAUUAGAAUGCGCAGUUCUCACAAAACAUCUCCAAUAACAAGUGCACAUUUUAAGUUUUUCAUUCUAAUUCUUAAUAUCAAUAUAUUUUUACUAAAAUUGCAUUUUAUACUUUUUGAUUUUACAAAACUAUAAGAGAUUUGAAGAUUUUUCUGAUGAAUAUUUAGUUAUGGGUGAAGAAUAUGUGUCACUUUAUUUCCAGCUCCAAAACAAGACAAAGUUGUAUUCCCGAUAACGUAAAGAAAAAAAGGAAUACUCCCAUGAUGGAAAAAAAUUACGUGAAAAUAUCGAUCCAUUAGAAUGCAAGAAUUGUAAUUCAUUACACAAUAAGUUUUAAAUAUCAAAUUUCAAAGUGCCUUAAGAAGAAAUUAAUAAACAUUACUGCCAAUCUUUUUUUAAUAACACUUUCAGCAAAGAAGCCCAUUUUAAAGGCAUCCAAACUUAUUUUAUUAUUCUAACAAACAUUAAAAAAACAGCACCCGUUUUUAACCUUUUAAAUAUGAAAGAAGCAUAUUUAUUUCAAAAUUACGUUUUAUAGAC